AUGAUCCCAUGCCACUCGGACCCGAUCCAUAAGGAUUGGGACCUCCGACGAUCGCACAACCCUCCAACAACGCUUCCCCCUCCACCUGGAACAAAAGAGGGUACGCCCACUGAGCUUAAGGAUGGAGAGACUCCACUGAGUCACCCACCCGCUCAACAUACCCCGGUCACAACCACAGAACUCCAGGAUGGGGAGCUGGAAGAAGGAGAAAUCGCGGAAAGUCCCCCUCCUCCUCACUAUCCCCGACUCCCGUCUGUUGAAAUAAAGGACGAGGAAACUUUGUCAACUGAUAUUGCCCCGCAUGCAACCACGAAAGUCGAGUCUGGCGACCAGAAACAAGAAGACCUACACCCAACUGCCCCGAGCCCUCCCUAUUCCAUAAUCCCGUCCAUUGAAAUUGACGACGAGGAUAUUUUGCCAACUAUCCUGAACAGCCAGCAUGGUGCAUUUUACCCAGAUGGAUCGCGCCGCGCACCCUGGGGAGACCCGGAUCGGUACGUCCGAUCCGCAAACCCGCCCCCUGAGUCCACCCAAGAAGAGCGCCCACAGGUGGAUGCCCGAGUCGAUUGUGUACCAAAUGGCAAGCAAAAGCACACUACUGUUCAAUACGUUGGUGGCCUCCUCCCACCCAAGAAACAGAAAGCAAGCACCGAACAAAACGAGACGAGAAGGUUCUGUUGGGAGCUCGGCCAGGAGUUCACUGGAUAUGUAUCUCGAAUCGACGGCGAUGAGGCCCGUGAUAUCGCCAUCAAUAUCCUUAAACUUCCUGUUCCAAAAAAUGUCUCCAAGCGACUGGUCUACUUCUGUGAUGCAUCCAUACAGUCGCUCUGUGGUACAGUUGGCGUCGUCUGGCCAAAAGACUUCACAUUUACCAAGUGGGAGGGGAUGGGCUUUCCCUACCCCGUGGAUAUUGACAGCACGGCCAUCCUGGAGCUCUUCGGCAUCUCUUGUACCUUAGAGAUGGCCAUUAGGGAUAUCGAGGAGCCCCGCGCAGAUGUUGAUCGGAAUCAACCUCAAGACAACAUAUUCUUCCAAAGCCACCUGAACCAGACCCGAUCGCAUCUUCAUGGAAUGAGUAAAGAGGUAUUCAUCUUUACUGAUGAUGUUAAUGCUCUGAAACGCAUUGAUGGGAGAGUGUCUUAUAUCCCCAGUGGGGGUAUUGCUAGUCAAUUGGCAGCUAUUAGCCGCCACUCGAAGACGCUUAGUGAGCUCGGGGUGCAUGUUGAACUGCACCUAAGCCCCGGCCAUACUGGAAUCCCGGGAAACGAAGCUGCAGAUAAAGUGGCGAAAUCGACCCAGUCUGGGCUUCGGCACCAGCGUACGGCCGACCAUUGA